GACCCGCAGAAAGAUUCCGGAGCUGGUUUUUGUCCCCCCCGAAGGCUAAACCGAAACGAAGCGAGAAGGAGCAGCAGGAGGAGGAGGAGGAAGAGGAGGAGGAGGGAGAUGGAGCCCAAGCAUAAAGAGUUGUUGGAGAAAUGUUACCAGAACUUGGUGGAGUCGGUAACAGACGCGGACCGAGUCGUGGAUGUUCUGGCUCACUGCGGGACCCUGAGCCCGGCGGAGCGCUACGAGCUGGGACACAGCUGCUCCUCCAACUCGGAGAAAGUGGACCUCCUGCUGAAGAUACUGCUCAGCAAGGACCGGGACCAUUUCGCGGAGUUCUGCGCGGCUCUGGAGGCGACCCACCCUCACCUGCACGCGGUGCUGCUCAAUGGCACCGGCCCGGUGGAUCACACGACCGGGUCCACUUACAGCGUCCUGUCCACCAUGCCGUCGGACUCGGAGAGCAGCAGCUCUCUCAGCAGCUUAGCCUCCUCCCCUCCGCCCGCCCACAUGGAGGGCCACCAGGUGAGCGAGAAGAUGGAGACGGUUCUGUUCCAGCUGAGACAUGUGACGCGCGAGAGGGACGACCUACGCAAACGUCUGGCCCUCUCCUCACCUGGAACCACCUUCGAUGACUGCAGACCAAACGCCAAAGCAGGUCAUGACUACGAGCGUCUCAAGCUGCAGUGCAUGAAGGCAAUGGCAGACCUGCAGUCCCUGCAGAACCAGCACAGCACCACCCUGAAGAGGUGCGAGGAGGCUGUGAAGAAGGCCGACUUCUACCACACGCUGCACAGCCGUCUGGCCAGCGAGCACACCCAGCUGAAAGAGGAGCUGGAGGCCGUGAGACAGGACAACAUCCAGCUGGUCAGGGAGCACAACCACGUGAAGCAGGCCUGCGAGGAGCUGAGGAGGCUGCAUGACGACGACCAGAGGGAGGUGGCCGAUAUGAGGAUGCUGCACCAGCAGGUGAUGAGAGAGGGCUCAUCUGAUGUCCUCAACAAGCUGUAUGACACAGCUGUGGACAAGCUGGAGGCCAUGAAAAGUGAUUACGAGGCUCUGAGGAAGCACUACAACGACAAGACGGCCAAUCACAACGCAGACCUGAGCCGCUUGGACCAGGCGGAGGAGGAGAACCACCGGCUGCAGAAGCAGCUGGAUAUGCUGCUGAAGCAGAGAGACGCUGCCAUCCACUACCAGCAGCAGUACUCCUCUUCCAUCAGAAGGUUUGACAACACGCAGCAAGAACUGUCCAAGGCCGCCGCUCAGAACAAGGAGCUGCAGCGCGAGAUGGACCGGCUGCAGUCGGAGACGACGCGGCUGAAGACCCAGCAGCUGAAGGCGGCGAAGGACUGUGAGAAAUUCAAGGAGGAGCGAGACUCCGUGAUCAGCGAGUACCGCCUGAUCAUGAGCGAGAGGGACCAGGUGAUCAAAGAGGUGGACAGGCUUCAGACGGGGCUGGAGGUGGCAGAGGCGAAGCUCAAGAACACUUCUUCGGAAAGACGGGUGGCCAACGAGGAGCUGGAGGCGCUCAGACAGGAGCUGGCCUCGUCGCUGGUGGACCGGGACCGGGCAGUGUGCGAGAAGAACGAGCUGCUGGAGAAGUACUGCCACGAGGUGAAGGACAAGACGGAGGCCCAGAAGGAGCUGAGCCAGGCCUGCAAAGACAUCGAGACGGUGCGGGAGGAGAGGGACGUGGCCCGCAAGGAGAGGACGGAGGCCAUCAUCCAGAGGGACCAGCUGCUGCGGGAGUAUUACCAGGCCAGACAGAAACAGGACUGUGCCACUCUGGACAUGGAGCGAGCCAACAAGGAGAUCGACAUGCUGAGGAAGCAGUACGAAGCCAUCUCUCAGGAGCUGAAGGAGGCCCUGCAGGAGGCCGAGGUGGCCAAGUGCCGCCGGGACUGGGCCUUCCAGGAGAGGGACAAGAUCGUGGCAGAGAGGGAGAGCAUACGCACGCUGUGUGACAACCUGAGACGAGAGCGGGACCGAGCCGUGAGUGAUCUGGCAGACGCUCUGAGGAACCUGGAUGACACGAGGAAGCAGAAGAACGAUGCUGCGCGGGAACUCAAAGAACUCAAAGAAAAGUUGGAGGACCAGUUGGAAAAAGAGGCACGAUACCGUCAGCUGAUGGCUCACAGUUCACACGAUUCAGCCAUAGACACGGACUCGAUGGAGUGGGAGACGGAAGUUGUUGAGUUGGAGAAGCACAGAGACAUGGAUUUGAAGGCACUCGGGUUUGAUAUUGCAGAAGGGGUAAAUGAUCCCUAUUUACCAGGAGACUGCGGGAUAUUUGUCACUAAGGUGGAUAAAGGAAGUAUUGCUGAAGGAAGGUUAAGGGUGAACGAUUGGUUGUUGAAAAUUAAUGAUGUGGACCUGACCAACAAGGACAGGAAGCAGGUGAUCAAAACUGUGCUGAGCGGCGAGGGCGUGAUCAAUAUGGUGGUUCGCAGGAGGAAGUCUCUGGGAGGACGGAUCGUCACGCCGGUCCAGAUAAACCUGGCUGGACACAAAGACAGUGGGAUAGGUUUGGAAAGUGGAGUGUUUGUUGCCACUUUGGCUUCAGGAAGUCCAGCUGCCAGAGACUGCAACCUGACUGUUGGUGACCGACUGCUAGCUAUUAAUGGAAUUGCACUCGAAAACAAGUCGCUGUCUGAAUGCGAGUCUCUGCUGAGGAACUGCCGCAGUUCUCUGAGCAUCUCCCUCAUGAAGUUCCUCCCACAGAGCUCCUCUGGCCAGAGUUUAUUUGAAACUUUGAGAGACUCAGAGAAGGUCUCUCGACUACAAACCUGUGAGGUCCACGCCAGGAACUGCAGGAACUCUAAGCACAACUGCUCCACGCAGACGGACAUGUGCAGCUGCGAUCUGGGCAGCAGAGAGGAGGACACGUGUAAAGAUGCAGGAGACUCUCUGGACAGCAGCAGCAUCAGCGCCCAUUCCCACCACAAACCCUUUUCCAACAGCUCCCUCCACUCCCGCUCCCUUUCCACCUCCCACAGUUCCUCAGAGCCCCAUCCAGAGUUCUGCUACAGGAGGCAGGACCUCCACCAUCGCCCCUUCACCUUCACCCCUGUUCACUCUGACUGCAGCUCACCUCAGGCUGCCGUGGACCAAGUACAGAGCUCUCCGGUGAAGGCCAGCGGAGGCACUUGGCCUAAAGUCAUAGCGGGAGCUUCUCUUCCUGAGUGCACUCAGCUCUCCAUCUACAAAAAACCCAAACAGAGGAAGUCCAUCUUUGAUGUGAAUGCUUUCAGGAGACCCGAGGCAGCUCCCAAACUGGAUUAUAUGUCUCUAUCUCAGUUGCCCAAACACUCACCGCAGAGCUCGUUGUCUGAAUCUGCUCAGACGCCUCCCACCCCGCCAGCCAGGAGCGACUCGUUUAGGUUCAAACAUCGGCAGCAGAACAGCUCGGCGUCCGACUCCACCAUCACCACUGGCACGCCGCCGGCCUCCCCGGCCCAAGCCGCCAGCCGGCAGGACGAGGGAGAGGUGGGAAACCAGCUCUAUUACACCGACGCUCCUCCAGGAGAGACAAAGACCAGCUCCAAGAAACCCGCUGAGGAGGAGGGGAGUCGACGCAGGACGGAGGUGCAGGAGAAGAGGAGGUACCGGCCCAAAUCUGCACCGGCGCUACGGCGAAAUGUGACUCCGUUACACAUCCCCGUCCCCAUGCAGGUGCAGAGUUUCUCCAACGACGAACACUCCCCUGAACCAAUGGACCUGUUACGCUUCUCUCCGAUGCGAACUAAUCGGUACAGCAUGCAAUUUGCACCGCCGAGCUACGGCAGCGUCGCAGCACACCCAGCAGCACAAAGAGGUUUAGCUCCAUGUCCUGCUGUGACGGCCGUCAUGAGGAACCCCGUCUACACCGCCUGGAGCCACGAGGUCCAGACCAGCAACUGUCCUCCAGCUCCCAGCUCAGGCAUCCACCCGCAUUCACACACCAGCCCCCAGCAUCAAGGUCGCCUCAGCCUGGACCUCAGCCACAAGCGCACUGGAGACCUCGCUGAGACGAGCUGCAGCCAACCACCACACAGCACUCACUCCUUGCCCUCCAGCGCCAGACUAAGCUCCUCUGGCACGUUACAGUUCAGGGCAGAGCGCAUUAAGAUCCCUCCAGCUCGUUAUCCUCGCUCCACCGGCUCUGACAGAGGCUCCCUUUCGCAUUCGGAGUGUAGCAGCCCGACACCUCCGAUGUCCCCCGUCAACCUCGAGACGUCGUCUUUCACCAGCAGCCAGUCGCAGAGCUCCAUUUCCACCCAGCCCAGGAUAUCAGUCAGCCCUGCUCCAGUUGGCGACAGACGAAAGGAUGGGCCGUACUUGGAGGAACCUCGCAAUGUGACGGUGCAGAAAGGAGCAGAACCUCUGGGUAUCUCCAUCGUGAGUGGAGAAAAUGGCGGAGUGUUUGUGUCCAAAGUGACAGCAGGCAGCAUCGCUCAUCAAGCUCGUUUAGAGUACGGAGACCAGCUCCUCGAGUUUAACGGAAUCAACCUUCGCAACGCCAACGAGCAGCAGGCGCGGCUGGUGAUCGGGCAGCAGUGUGACACAGUCACCAUCCUGGCUCAGUACAAUCCUCACAUGUUUCAGCUGGGCAAUCACUCUCGCUCAGGUUCUCGAAUGGAAUCCAUCAGCAACCAGCCGACGCCCCGAGACAGCGGCGCCACCACCCCAGACAACCACUCCACCGUGGACACGCUGAGCGAGCAGGACGAGGGCACCAUGACGCCGCCAUCCAAACAGACGACUCCUGCCACCAGUCCUCACAGCUCCUUCAGGCUUCCUGGUUCACUGACCCACAGGACUUCAGAGUCUCGGCUGGUGAGGCUGAAAAGGAUCCACGUGGAGCUGGGAGUUCAGAUUUGUGGAGGCAACCUUUAUGGCAUCUUUGUGGAGAGUCUGGAUGACGACAGCCCUGCGAAGAGCGCCGACGGGCUGCUGGCUGGAGACUUGAUAGUGGAGUACAAUGGCAUCAGCAUGAAGAACAAAACGAAAGAAGACGCUUACCUGGAAUUGUUGAAGCCGGCUGAAACAAUCACAUUCAAGGUCCAGAACCGCGCGCACAGCUUUGGUGAAAUAAAGGAGUCUCCUGGAGAUGGAUUUUUUAUAAGAGCACUUUAUGAGAAGGUGGCAGAAGCAGAGCAGGAGCUGAGCUUUAAGAAGGACGACAUCCUGUAUGUUGAGGACACGCUACCAAACGGAAACUUCGGCUACUGGAUGGCCUGGCAGCUAGAUGAGAACGCACAGAAGCUGGAGAAGGGGCAGAUUCCCAGUAAAUACAUGAUGGACCAGGAGUUCUACAGGAGACACAGCAUGGCUGAUAUGAAGGACGAUAACGGCACCAGCAAGACUCUGUCUGCUGCUGCUCGGAGGUCCUUCUUCCGCCGAAGGCUGAAGCACAAACGCAGCGGGUCCAAAGAUGGCAAGGACCUCACGGCUCUGGAUGCCAUAAGCACAGAUUCUUUACCCCUCACAGAGGACGGCGUGAGCCUGAUGUACCAGCGGGUCCAGAAGGUGGAGUGUUCGUCCCCCAGACCGGUGCUGAUCCUGGGUCCCUUAGUGGAGGCCAGUAAGGACAUGCUGGUGAAGGAGGCUCCUGCCAAAUUCUGCCGCUGUCUACCUGAAAUUAUGAAGGCGUCUCAGCAGGCGAUAGAGCGGGGAGUGAAGGACUGCGUGUUCAUCGACUACAAACGGAGGAGCGGCCAUUUUGACGUGACGACUGUUGCGUCGAUUAAAGAGAUCACAGAGAAGGACUGUCACUGUUUACUCGACAUCGCCCCUCACGCCAUCGAGCGUCUCCACAGCGUUCACAUCUACCCAAUCGUCGUAUUCAUUCGCUACAAAAACGCCAAGCAGAUAAAAGAGCAGAAGGACCCGUUGUACCUGCGGGACAAACUCUCUCAGAAACAUUCCAAGGAGCAGUUCGAGGCGGCGCAGAAGGUAGAGCAGGAGUACAGCCGCUUCUUCACAGGCGUUGUCCAAGGAGGCAGCGUCUCCUACAUUUGCACUCAGAUCAUGACCAUCGUGGAGCAGGAGCAGAGCAAAGUGCUGUGGAUUCCAGACGGAGCACCGUAGAAAUCUCACCUCUCACUGCAGAAGAACACUAGACGGGAUGUGAUUUUUUUAUUUUUUAUUUUUUAUUAUGGGAUACAUAAUAAAUGGGUACGCCGCAGACACGUCUGUGGUUAACGUCCAGUAGUUCUUCUCAUAUUCCAGUAUCAGCACUGAUGGUGAUCAUGCAAUACUCCCACUACAAUAGUAACGUACUGUACUGCAGAUAGAUUUGUUUACACUAGUAUUUAAUACUUGAAUGUUUUAUCAUCCCUUAUACCUGUUAGCACUCCUUUAAUCCCUCGAACAUGUUGGACCACAGGAAGAACUGAAGACCUUAUUCUUGAAAUGAAGUUAAAAUGGACCACUGUGUUCCUCUCUCUGUAUUUAUACGCAUUUUCCUGCCAUUUAAUUUAUCUAAUCAAAUCAAAGAUGUUGGUUAUGAACCUGUUUGUUAUACAGAUGUAGUUGUCUAGUCGAUAGGAAGGAUGAUAUUUUACAAUUAAUGUUCUUAUUUAUAGAGGAGACGUGACAGAUUCCCUUCACAUGAUGUCACAGUCUGUCUUUUACUAUGUUGUCUGAUGUUGUUUUUUUUUUUUCAUUUCAGUCCUAAAACAUAAUCUUGUGCCAAGCUGAAUAUGUUUGUUAAUCUCUAUACACUCUUGGCUUUAUUAACACGACAGCUUGUGCGGUAACCCAUGGAGCAGGUCUGCUCGUUUAACCCGGGUUCCUGUGUUCUACUGCUAUUGCCAAUGUUGCUCCUCUUUGUCAAGUGGAUUUUCUUUUUUUGAAGAAGGGAUAUUUCAUUUCUGGCUCAUGGUUGGCUGUCAGCGAAACACGUCUUGAACUUCACAACAUUUCAUCUUCACGUCGGAUGAAACGCUUUUAGGUUCUUCCUCCCAAAUGAAGGUUUCUAUAAAAUAUUAAAAACAGAGCACCGUUCAUGGACUGCA